AUGCAAUCUAAGAUGGCUUAAAAGAAAGAAGCAAUGCCUUAGCUGCGUUCCCAACAGUAUGUUGAAGAUGGAUUAAUUAAAAACUCUUCCCCAGUAAGACGAAGAUCUAGAUCAAAAUCAAGAUCCAGGUCAAAUUCAAGUCAGGGAUCAAACAAAAGUGGACACAGAAAUAGAUCUAUUGAGAUGGUGCAUUCUGACGACCUUGAGGGAGCCUUGAACUUAAGUGAUUGUGACGACAAUGCUUAGGAAUCAAGAUCAAAGCAAGCUAGAUAGAGAAAGAGACCAGCUAGAAUCUUCAAAUAAGAAGUCGAUACCAAUGUCUUUAACAUAUCUAUGCAAACUCUGAAAAAGGAUUCAGAACUGGCAACUGGUGAUCCAGUAUUUUGCAAGCAAUGCAACGCCUGCUUCAACUUCUACUCUUAGGUCACUCAAUAAGCCAAGGAAAUGAUCAAAGUCUAGAACUAUGAAGAGGAGGUCAAGGGUGACGAGGUUUAUGAGUAGAGUGUUCCUCAAAUUUGGAUUUGUGAAUUCUGCAAUUUUGAGAAUAAAGUCGACUUCGAAACUGAGGAACUUCCUAAGUCGAAUCAAGUCACUUAUAUCUUAGAGGCAGCUGCCCAAGUUAAGGAAAAGAAAAUAGUUGGUAACCAGGAUAUCACUGUAGUCUUCUGUAUUGAUAUCAGUGGGUCUAUGUGUGUGAGUCAGCCCAUUGCUGGAAAGCAUAGCAUCAAGGGAGAUAAAACUCAGGCAUUAAGAAAUCUAAUGCAAUUCAGCGAUGGUUCUGACCAAAGGUUACAAGGAGAAGAUAAUGUGACAUAUAUCUCAAGACUAUAGUGUUUGCAAGCAGCUAUUGAGUCUCAACUGAUUGAUAUGGCCAUCGGUGCCCCUGACAGAAAAGUUGGAAUCGUUACCUUCAAUUCAGAGGUAACAAUCAUUGGAGAUGGGUCAAAGGCACCAUAAAUAAUAGCUGGAGAUAAGCUCUUCAGCUAUGAUUACUUGAUUGAAAACGGUACAGCUGAGGGACAGAACAGACUUCAACAUGCUAUAAAUAAGACCAAGGAUCAAUUAGUUAACUAGAUCAUGUCUGUUGAGGAAACUGGACCUACAGCUUUGGGGCCAGCUCUAGCUACUGCCAUAUCUAUGGCUGCUUAAGGUAAUCCAGGUUCAACAGUAGUACUCUGCACUGAUGGCCUUGCCAAUGUUGGACUAGGUGCUUUUGAUGAGAUUAAAACUGAAGAGGAAUCUAAGAAGGUUGAUUAAUUCUAUGAAAGCCUUGGUGAGUUCGCAAAGAAUAAGGGAGUUACUGUAAGUAUAGUAAGCAUUGCCGGAGAGGAGUGCAACAUCGACACUCUAAGCACGAUAAGCGAGCAUACAGGAGGAAGUGUAGAAAGAGUCGACCCUGUUCAACUGACUCAGAACUUCUCAAACAUCUUGAAACUUCCAGUGAUUGCUACAAAUGUAAUCACCAGAAUAAAGCUUCAUAAAGGUUUGGAAUUCAGAAAUGAAGAUGUUAACAACCUCUCAGAGGAUAAGACUCUUCUCGCCAGGGACAUGGGAAAUGUCACUGAUGAGACUGAAUUCACAUUUGAGUACAGAUUGAAGUCCAUCAAGGACCUCAUAAAGAUGGACGAUGUAGAUCUGACUAAGAUUCAAAGCUUCCCAUUCCAAGCUCAGAUUACUUACAACAGCCUUGAUGGUAAUAAGUGCAUAAGAAUCAUUACUAAUCAGAAAUCCAUCAGCAAUGACAGAACAGAUCUGGAGAAGAAUGCCAACUAUGAAAUUCUUUCAACCAAUGCUAUCUAGAAAAGUUCUCAAAUGGCUAAGAGAGGAAAUAUGAGAGAAGCAUAGGCUUAUGCAAAGGUCUGGAAGAGGAAAAUGAAGAGCAACAUAUAGAAUGUAGAGCAAGAUAUCUAGUAUAAUAAUUUCAACAAUCACUUCGGACAAGUUUAUGAGAUGAUUAAUGAGGAAAAUGAUCAGUCUGAUUGCGAAGCUGAGGCUGAGGAGAGAAAGCAGGAUGAGGAACAUAAAGUUAGCUCAGCUUAGACUCAGCCAGCAAAGAAAGGCUUCUUCAAGAAACUUGGAGAUAAGAUUAGCACUGAACUAUACAAGGCUUCCAAGACUAACAAAACCUCUCUCAAUAAGUGA